CGAGUCACCGCUGGGCGGGCGCGGAGGCUUCUGGCCGCUUGCCUUCGGCCCUGCUCGCAGAUUAAGAGUCGUGACUUAGAAUUAAAGCAGCCGCCAUGGGGAACCAGCUGGCUGGUAUUGCUCCUUCUCAGAUUCUUUCGGUUGACAGCUAUUUUUCAGACAUCCACGACUUUGAAUAUGACAAAAGCCUGGGCAGUACUCGUUUCUUCAAAGUGGCUCGAGCCAAGCACAGAGAGGGCCUAGUGGUUGUGAAGGUGUUUGCCAUUCAAGACCCAACACUACCGUUAACCAGCUACAAGCAAGAGUUGGAGGAACUGAAAAUAAGGCUGCAUUCUGCCCAAAACUGUCUUCCCUUUCAGAAGGCCACAUUGUCUGAAAAAGCGGCUAUGCUCUUCAGGCAGUACGUACGGGAUAAUCUCUAUGACCGUAUUAGCACGAGGCCAUUUCUGAACAACAUUGAGAAGAGGUGGAUAGCCUUCCAGAUCUUGACAGCGGUGGACCAAGCGCACAGAUCUGGGGUCCGUCACGGGGAUAUCAAAACAGAAAACGUCAUGGUAACCAGCUGGAAUUGGGUCCUUCUAACAGAUUUUGCAAGUUUUAAGCCAACCUACCUCCCUGAAGACAACCCUGCUGAUUUCAAUUAUUUCUUUGACACAUCACGGAGGCGAACUUGUUAUAUUGCCCCGGAGCGCUUUGUUGAUGGCAGUGUGUUUGCGACAGAACUGGAAAAUAUGAGAGAUCCAUCCACUCCACUCGUAGACUUGGCCAAUAGUAAUCAACGAAGUAGGGGGGAAUUGAAACGUGCAAUGGACAUCUUUUCUGCAGGUUGUGUGAUAGCUGAGCUCUUUACCGAAGGGGUACCUCUCUUUGAUUUGUCGCAACUUCUGGCAUAUAGGAAUGGCCCCUUUUCCCCUGAACAAGUGCUGAAUAAAAUUGAAGACCGAAGUAUCAGAGAACUGGUUACCCAGAUGAUCCACCGUGAUCCAGAAAAACGUUUAGCCGCUGAAGACUACUUGAAACAGCAACGGAACAAUGCAUUUCCUGAAAUAUUCUACACCUUCCUCCAGCCUUACAUGGCACAGUUUGCCAAGGAAACCUUUGUGUCCGCCGAUGAACGGAUCCUCGUCAUACGUAAAGAUCUGGACAACAUCAUUCACAAUCUCUGUGGGCACGACCAAACUGAAAAAGCAGAGGGGGAGACAAAGGAAAAUGGACUGGUCAUUUUGGUGUCUGUGAUAACUUCAUGCCUGCAGACCCUCAAAUACUGUGAUUCGAAACUGGCUGCUUUAGAGCUGAUUCUUCAGUUGGCACCCCGGUUAAGCGUGGAAAUCCUGCUGGAUCGUAUCACCCCUUACCUCUUGCAUUUCAGCAAUGACUCUGUGCCGAGGGUGAGGGCAGAAGCUGUUAGGACGCUGACAAAAGUCCUUGCUCUUGUCAAAGAGGUGCCACGCAAUGAUAUCAAUAUCUACCCAGAAUACAUCUUACCAGGCAUAGCACACUUGGCCCAGGAUGAAGCUACAAUUGUCCGACUGGCAUAUGCUGAGAAUAUAGCAUUGUUGGCUGAAACUGCUCUGCGAUUCCUAGAGCUAGUCCAGUUAAAAAACUUGAACAUGGAGAAUGAACCAAACAGCGAGGAAAUGGAUGAUGCGUCUCACCCCAGUGAAAAUUACGACACGGAACUUCAGGCCUUACAUGAAAUGGUCCAGCAGAAGGUUGUCACUUUGCUGAGUGACCCAGAAAAUAUUGUGAAACAGACCCUGAUGGAAAAUGGAAUCACGCGGCUCUGUGUCUUCUUUGGACGUCAAAAAGCCAACGACGUUCUCCUAUCUCAUAUGAUCACCUUUCUGAAUGAUAAGAAUGACUGGCAUCUACGGGGAGCUUUUUUUGACAGCAUAGUAGGUGUUGCAGCUUACGUUGGCUGGCAAAGCUCUUCGAUCCUAAAGCCACUGCUCCAGCAAGGGCUCAGCGAUGCUGAAGAGUUCGUCAUCUACAAAGCCCUCAAUGCGCUUACCUGUAUGUGCCAAUUAGGUCUUCUGCAGAAACCACACAUCUAUGAAUUUGCCUGUGAUAUUGCUCCGUUCCUCUGCCAUCCUAAUCUCUGGAUACGCUACGGAGCUGUUGGGUUUAUAACUGUCGUAGCGCAGCGUUUGAAUAUUGCCGAUGUUUAUUGCAAACUUAUGCCUUACCUGCAUCCUUUCAUCACUCAGCCAAUCAUCCAGAUUGAUAAAGAAAUAGUUCUGCUGAGCGUCCUCAAAGAACCUGUCAGCCGUUCCAUAUUUGAUUAUGCUCUGAGAUCAAAGGACAUAGGAAGCCUUUUCCGAACUCUGCAGCUUCGUCAGAAGAAGAGGAAUGGCACCCUGCCCGACUGCCCCCCUCCUGAAGAUCCAGCAAUUGCACAGCUGCUAAAGAAGCUACUCUCCCAGGGGAUGACGGACGAAGAAGAAGACAAGCUGCUGGCCUUAAGAGACUUCAUGUUGAAAUCCAACAAAGCGAAGGCGAACAUCGUGGACCAGAGCCACCUCCACGACAGCACCCAGAAAGGAGUGAUUGACUUGGCCGCUCUGGGUAUAACGGGGAGACAAGUUGAUCUGGUCAAAAUGAAGCAGGAGUCUGAUGACAAACGUGCUAGAAAGCAUGUAAAGCAAGAUUCCAAUGUAAACGAAGAAUGGAAGAGUAUGUUUGGCUCUUUGGAACCUUCUAAUAUCCCCCAGCCAAUGAGCAAAGGACACAGCCAAGCCACAGAGCAAGAGAUUGCCCAGCCCAACAAACCUCUCCGAUCAGAGUCUUCAGCUGGCAUUUGUGCGCCUUUGUCAUCCUCUCCGCAGGCAGCGGAUGGCACUGUUGCCUCAGACAGGAAACCAACCAUACAAGUUUUGAGCAGCAUAGCUUCCCCCUCCACGUACCAGCUGCGCAUCACGACAUGUAAAACGGAGCUUCAGCAGCUCAUCCAGCAGAAGCGAGAGCAAUGCAAUGCUGAAAGGCUUGCCAAGCAGAUGAUGGAGAAUGCAGAAUGGGAGAGCUUCCAAACCUUCUAUCUAUCAAUUUUGACAUAUUCUCGGAUUGGAGGGCGAGUUACGACACUUACCUUUUGCCAGGGCUCUCACUACUUGGCUAUAGCUUCAGAUAAUGGAGCAAUUCAGCUUCUUGGGAUUGAAGCUUCGAAGCUACCAAAAUCUCCUAAAAUUCUUCCAAUACAAAGCAGGUUUCUAGAUCAGAAGGACGAUGGCUGUGUGGUAGACAUGCAUCACUUUAAUUCAGGGGCCCAGUCUGUGCUGACGUACGCCACUGUAAAUGGUUCCUUAGUUGGAUGGGACCUCAGAUCCUCCAACAACGCCUGGGUAUUAAAGCAUGAUUUAAGGUUGGGACUUAUAACCUCAUUUGCUGUGGACAUACACCAAUGUUGGCUCUGUAUUGGCACGAGCAGUGGUACCAUGGCAUGCUGGGAUAUGAGGUUCCAGUUACCUAUCUCCAGCCAUUCCCACCCUUCCAGGGCACGGAUCAGGCGCCUGCUGAUGCAUCCCCUCUCCCAGUCAUGGGUAAUCGCAGCUGUUCAAGGCAACAAUGAAGUCUCGAUGUGGGAUAUGGAGACGGGAGACCGACGCUUCACGCUGUGGGCCAGCAGUGCCCCUCCUCUUUCAGAACUGCAGCCUUCACCUCAUAGUGUUCAUGGAAUAUACUGCAGCCCUGCCGAUGGAAACCCUAUAUUACUGACUGCAGGCUCUGAUAUGAAGAUCAGAAGUAAGACAGAAAUUCAGAAUAAGCAGAAAGUGGGUCCCACAGAUGAAACCCCUCGAAGGGGCCCAGAAUCUCUACCGGUUGGACACCAUGAUAUUAUUACAGACAUUGCUACUUUCCAGACCACUCAAGGGUUCAUUGUUACUGCAUCCCGAGAUGGCAUUGUAAAAGUGUGGAAAUGAAGAUUGCACUGAUUUGUAUUUACUGUAAAUACUUGUAAUAAAGGUAAAAAAAUAUUUGCUUCCAGAACAUGAAAUAAUAGACUGUGAGGCCGAUGAAGGUGAUCGAUAAAUCUCUUGCCAAUGUUAUCACUGUAAUACUAGUGGCCGUUUCAGAUCUCCCUAUUUUAUUAAGUAGCUUGGUUUAUGUAGCACUUUCCAAAAGUACCAAACGAAAGCAAUUAGAAUGAAGAACCGUGGUACUGCUUGGAAGCCUUUAUCAUUUGUUUUGCCUGUUAUAAACAUGAUAAAAUGCUGUUACGCUGCACACCAGCAAUAUUUAUGGAAACUGACUUUUUGUUACAGACUGGACAAGAAAAAGUUAUAAAGUUAAUUUUGCACUAUUGUUCACAUAUAUUCGAAUUCUUGUAUACUUCUUAUUG